AUGGGCGCCCACGCGUCGUCGGCAUCGGCGUCGGCAUCAUCGGCGCUCGUCAGCGCGGACUGGCUGGACGCGCACCGCGAUGACGUGCAGAUCGUCGAUGCGUCGUGGCACAUGCCGGAUUUGAAGCGAAACGGUGCGCGUGAACACGCGCGCACGCGGUUGACGCCGCAGACGGUGUUCUUCGACGUGGACAAGGUGAGCGACGGGCGAAACCCAGCGCCGCACAUGCUGCCGAGCGCGAAGGCGUUCGAGGCGGCGUGCGAGACGUUGAAGCUGACGAAAACGAAGCCGAUCGUGGUGUACGACACGAAUGGAAUGUUCUCAGCCGCGCGUGCGUGGUGGAUGUUUCGCGCGCACGGAUGGGAAAACGUGAAAGUUUUGGACGGAGGGAAACCUGCGUGGGACGCGCGCGCGUACGCGAGCGACGACGCCGAGCGCGCGGAGGAAGACAUCGCGGCGCACGUCGAUGCGUGCGCGCGCGCGAUGCGCGCGCUCGGUACGCGCGCGGAGUUGGUGAAAACGAAAAGAGAAGUCGUCGAAAACAUCCAAACUAAAUCGUUUCAAGUCGUCGACGCGAGAGGCGCGGCGCGCUUUCGCGGCGAGACGAAGGAGCCGCGCGAGGGCGUGCGUUCGGGGCACAUUCCUGGAAGUAAAAAUGUGUUCUUCGGCGAACUUUUGAACGAAGACAAAACGUUCAAGCCCGUUGAAGCGCUUCGCCAGGUGUUCGAGACGAGCGGGUUAGAUUUGAGCGCCUCGGCGAAACCCAUCGUGGCUUCGUGCGGCACCGGCGUCACGGCGGCCAUCGUAGCUCUCGGAUUACAUGAAUGCGGCGUCGAGGCCGCGGUGUACGAUGGAUCUUGGACUGAGUACGGUGCGGACGCGCAGUGUCCACUCGCCACGGGACCGGCGGCGUGA